AACAAAAUAAUUCUUUUUGGGCAGGCCCUUACUUAAUCCUAGCACCGCUGGUGUUGCCGCCGUGCGUAUUACAAUUUAAAAAAAUGUUGAGAGAACUAUCUCUAUUUAGAAUUUACCACUUCGGAUUUAAUUAAAACUCAAUGUUGUUAGAAUACACAAAAAAUAAGAAAAAGAAAACCAUACAUUCCAAAGAAUUCCAAGUCAGGUUGAUACUAAAAUAUUCAUCUCCUUUUUUCUGAUCAAUCCCCCAAAGGUGCCAAAAGAGGGAAAAUAAAAUCAAAAGAAAUGCCUGAAAGUCAAUGAAAUAGAAAAAAGGCAGAAGACCCAAAAUUUCUUUUGGGUGUAAAGAACAUGGAAGGAUCCAAAAACUGCUAGAGUUUUCCCAUUUGCCAUUUCCCCAUAGCCAAAAGGGAAAAACAAAGUUACCCCACCUUUACAUGUUAGAAAGGGGCUUUGCAUACGCAAUCAAAAGCUUUCAAUAAAGUCAAAAAUUGAAGGUAGGUUUGGAUCUUUUCUUCUUAUCAUUAUCCCACCAUCCUGCACAAAGGCUUAAUCCUUCUGUCUCAGACAAUAAAUGAGUGAAACGCUCUCCUUUCGACAUCUGUCAACAUUUGGUGGCUUCUCACUUGUUCUCUUUGCUCUUAGACUCUCUGUCCCCGAACCAUAUAUAAACAGAGUUGCCCCUUCAAGUGUCCACCCUGCAUUUCACACUUAUAUAUUUUCAAGACUCGUGUUUUGUAUAUCCAUUUGCAAAUAUGGUUCAUUCAGAUUCAGACCCACCUCUCCUUAACCAUUAUGGUACACUUUUAUGCCACUCCACUCAAUGUGAUGAACCUCAAACCCGAGUUACCAUGGAAGAAUGCCAGCUUCCAUUGAUUGACUUGUGUGAUUUAGGCAGUGACGACGAAAUGGUUCGCCAAGCUUGUGCUGCCGCCAUUUGCAAAGCAUCAUCGGAAUGGGGCUUUUUCCAAGUGGUGAACCAUGGCAUUAGCUCUCAACUAGUCGACAAGAUGAGAAGCGAGCAAGUGAAAUUAUUCCGAGCACCCUUUGAAACGAAAGCCACCAGUGGACUGUUGAAUAAUUCUUACAGGUGGGGAAGCCCUAGGGCUACUUGUCCUAACCAAUUCUCCUGGUCCGAAGCUUAUCAUGUUCCUCUCACCAAAGUCUCAGAUGAAGCUUGCUAUGGAGACUUCAAAUCUUUAAGGGAAGUGAUGACAUGUUUUGCAGCAGCCAUGUCGGAACUGUCGAGGCUUCUAGCAGGGAUCCUGACUGAAAAUCUGGGCCACUGGAAACAAGCAUCGAUCAGCAACAUAUGCGACGAAACAACAUGUUUCCUUCGCCUGAAUCACUACCCAGCAUGUCCAAUAUCUCCGGAGAUUUUCGGUUUAGUGCCCCACACCGACAGCGAUUUCCUAACGAUUCUUUGCCAAGAUCAAGUUGGAGGGCUUCAACUCAUGAAAGACUCCAAAUGGGUGACUGUCAAACCUAACAAAGAUGCUCUUAUAGUCAACAUUGGGGACCUUUUCCAGGCAUGGAGCAAUGAUGUUUACAAAAGCGUGGAACACAAGGUGGUUUCCAAUGCAACAACGGACAGAUACUCCAUAGCUUAUUUCCUUUGCCCUUCUUACGAUUCUUUGAUCGAGAGCUUCGUAAAACCUUCCAUUUACAGAAGAUUUACUUUCAGGGAAUACAGAGAACAAGUUCAAGAAGAUGUCAGAAAAACAGGGUACAAGGUUGGCCUUCCCAGGUUUCUACUUAAAGGCUCCGAGGAUUUAACAACAACAACAGAGUCAAAUACCAGACUAUACAUUCCAAGCAUAACAGCCAAGAGCUAAACGAAAUCCUAUUAGCAUAAUUUGACACAAGUUAAAAGAGAAAGAGAAACUAAUAUGUUUAUUUGUAUUCUUAAUUUUGAUUCAAGAGGGGGAUAUUGUAUUUUGGUGUUCUAUUAAUGUAUAUGGAAUUUUAUGACUAUUAUAAAAGAUAGGGCAGUUUGAGAAA